ACAAAUCGUCUUGGAGCCAAAUUCUCACAUAAAAUUCACUUAAAAUGUCUCAAAUCACAACAAUUAAGGACGUUGUGCAACUAAUUCUCGCCCUGCAGCGAAAAGUAAACCACAUUGACGAAAAACUGGAUAAAGUGAUGCACAUUGAAGAAAAACUAGAUAAAGUGCUCCACAUUGAUGAAAAACUGGAUAAAAUUCUCGCGAAAUUCGAGACGCUACAAAUUCGAGAAUCAAACAAAGUUGUAGUUGUGCGAAAAGUCCCUCAAACCGCCGCUCAAAAUGCCGUCGUCGAACCCACAGUAGCUCCAAAAUCCACAGUAGCUCCACAACCCACAGUAGACGAUUUCGCCUUUCGUCCCAUCGAGAACCAAAAAGAAGCCAUCUCGCUCGCGAACAAGUUGCGAAGUGACGAAGGCUUUGCGCAACGACUUCACAAAUUUCUCAGCGCCAAAGGAGACUUGAAACUGGAUGACAUGUAUUCGCCGCGAUAUCUUUGCAGUCAAACCUUUGUGAUGUUGAACAAGACGCUGCUCUUUAAAAAUGUCUUUGUGCGGAUCAAGAAGAACGAGGGAUACACAGAAGCUUCUAUCGAGAAUUAUGUGGUGCAAAAAAUACGAGAUAUCAAGGAAGCGCGCAGGAAAUAUGAGCUGGAGAAGAUGAAUCAUUUGCAAGGAGUCGUGAAAAUUCCGGUAAUUUCGCAAGUUUUGUCGGCGAUGCAUGAACAAGAGGCGGAAAAUGAUGAGGAAAUGGAUAUUGAGGAGGAAAAUGGCAUGGGCGAUCUUGAACCGGGUGAAAUUCCGAUCAAAAUUGAGAAACCAGAAAGCCCGGAUCCCUCAUUUGUUUUCACUCCAAUCCAAAAUGACGCAGAAUUGAAACAGAUUUCGAAGAAAAUUCGGCAAGAUUCGUUGUACAAAACGCAAUUACGACGAUUUAUCAAGAAAAUUGGAAAUUUCACGGUAACUGACCUUUUUACGGAAACUUUUCUCUUGAGCUUGCUCGAAGGCAAAAAUGAACUUCACACUUUGCAAACGUUGGAACCUUUUGAACAAAUUUAUGUUUUUCUCAAAUUCACUGCAGGCGAAGGAUCUCAAGACACAAUUCGUCAAUCAGCUUUAGCGGAAAUUAAUGCCAUUCGAGAACGCUUUCCGCCGCAAGAACCAAUCAUUCCCAUGGAUACUGUUCGUGUCAAAAUUGAAGACGAUCCUUCUUGCAGUUCAUCUUCUCAGCCGGAAAUUCAAAAUUUUGCUUUGUACGAAAAUGACGCUUCAACAUUUGUGCCAAUUCGGAACGAAGAUGACUUGGAAAAAUUGACGGAAAAACUGAAAAAUCCCCAAUACGUGAAGGAUUUGCAGCAAAAGUUGAUGGAUGAAGCCACAAAUCAAAAUUGUAAGCUGGAACAAAUUUUCAGCGUGGAGUUUUUGCGACAACAGGAAGUUUUUGACAAUGGACAAGCGAGACUGGAAGGACUGAAGGCUUAUAAAGUGCUGUAUGUCGAGUGCAAGAAACAGCAAGGAUGUUCAAUGAAAGACAUUAAGGAGCAAACAAAACAGAAUUUGACAAAUUUGUGGAAUCAUCCGAAAAUGAUUAUUCAUCGAUUACGAAAGAAAUAAAUUAAUUUAUCGAUUUUGAGUGAGAAAAAAAUGAUUUUUUAAAUUUUAACGGAA